AUGUACACCACGUUUGUCCCGCACGCCGUUGGCGAGGGCGAGCCGAUUAGCGAGAGCGACUCGUUUGUGACAGUUGCGCAGAUGACCGACAAAUAUGUUUGUUAUGCAAGAAGACUUCCUGACAGCGUCGUGUCAAGAAUACGGAGCGGGCAUGCGCUGGACAGCCGAUCUCCGAUGGUGCCCCGAUGGGAUGGGUUUUUUGGGGCACCAUUUUUCCAGUCCCUUUUUGACGAAGGAAUGUCGGAUAAAAUGGAAACGAAUGUGUAG